AUGUACUCAUACCACGCGGGACAGGAGUGCUGCGGAAGUCCCAUUCUUCCUGAAGGAGGUUUCGGAAGCACUUACACAUAUGAACAACCGUUUAAGCACAUAUGGAAGAUUAGAGAUUCAUCGAGUGAGGGCCUGGCGCCGGACGCUCCUCCACAUCUGGCUGCCGAGGUACAAGUAUUAGCUGCUAAUGUAGUGUCUUCUUUUCCACUUGCAGUCUCUUGUUGCGAGAAGACUCAUUCACACGCUGAAGAUGAACUCUUCAAAAAGCUCUUUGAUGGCUACAACAAGUGGUCAAGGCCUGUACCAAACACCUCUGAUGUUGUCAUUGUCAAAUUUGGUUUAUCUAUUGCCCAGCUGAUUGAUGUGGACGAGAAGAAUCAGAUGAUGACAACAAAUGUCUGGCUAAAGCAGGAGUGGAAUGACUAUAAACUACGCUGGAAGCCUUCAGACUACGACAAUGUGACUUCUAUCAGGGUUCCAUCAGAACUAAUCUGGGUCCCGGAUAUAGUUUUGUACAACAAUGCAGACGGGGAGUUUGCGGUGACCCACAUGACCAAAGCCCACCUCUUCCACACAGGUAAAGUGCGCUGGGUUCCACCUGCCAUCUACAAGAGCUCAUGCAGCAUCGAUGUCACCUUCUUCCCCUUUGACCAGCAGAACUGCAAGAUGAAAUUCGGCUCGUGGACUUACGACAAAGCCAAGAUCGACCUAGAGCGCAUCGAGAACACGGUUGACCUGAAAGAUUACUGGGAGAGUGGCGAGUGGGCCAUCAUCAAUGCUGUCGGCACCUACAACACCAAGAAGUACGACUGCUGCCAUGAGAUCUACCCAGACAUCACCUAUUUUUUCAUAAUCCGCCGUCUGCCGCUCUUCUACACCAUAAACCUCAUCAUCCCCUGCCUGCUCAUCUCCUGCCUGACCGUGCUGGUCUUCUACCUCCCGUCAGAUUGUGGUGAGAAGAUCACGCUGUGUAUCUCGGUCCUCCUCUCGCUCACCGUCUUCCUGCUGCUCAUCACAGAAAUCAUCCCCUCCACCUCGCUCGUGAUCCCGCUCAUUGGCGAAUACCUCCUCUUCAUUAUGAUCUUCGUCACCUUGUCCAUCGUCAUCACCGUCUUUGUGCUUAACGUGCACCACCGCUCGCCCAGCACUCAUAAGAUGCCCCAUUGGGUUCACUCAGUCUUCUUGGAUUUGAUCCCACGGUGGUUGUUUAUGCGUAGACCUUCACCGGACAGCCGUCGCAGGCAGAAACUCCUCCUCCUGCAGCAGCAGGGCCAAGGAAUGACGUCACGGGUUCUUGGACCGGCAAACUCAACCCUCAGUACAUCUACUAGCUGGUUCAGAGGGGAGGACGAGUCCCGCAGACGCUUCUGUUAUAAGGACCUAGAACUGGGAACGCUGUCCUCGGCGAUCUCACUUUCACUCCAGACCCCUUCACCCUGCCCUCUCAUCUCGACUCCACCUCCUCUACAGAAAUUUGGCCCCUCCUCUAGACUGGAGUUGGGCCUGGCUUCCAGGCAGCUUGGUGGAAGAGUUAAUGUCACAAAGCGGCCUGAGAACAUGAUGCCAGACAACCCAGGGUUCCCACUGUCCCCCAGUGUUCUGCAAGCUCUGGAGGGGGUUCACUACAUAGCAGAACACCUGAGAGCAGAAGAUGCUGACUUUAGUGUAAAAGAGGACUGGAAGUAUGUCGCUAUGGUAAUAGACAGAAUCUUCCUAUGGAUGUUCAUCAUAGUUUGUUUGCUGGGCACAAUUGGACUCUUUCUCCCACCCUGGCUCGCAGGCAUGAUCUAGAAAACACACUAGUGAGUAUAUUAUAUGAACAAUAAGGACUUCUAAUGUUAAGGCUUCCACAGAAAGAACCAGCAUGAGGACACAAUGCCACUUCUAGCAGGGAACAUCACGCAUGAGAUUGCGUGCUGAGAUUUCCCCUGCAUGGGGUCAGAUGCAUGUUUGACAUCAGGAAUGUGGCAUCAAAUACCUGACAUUUACUUAGGUCAGAUAUUGAGAGGAAAGCCACAAAUUAAUGAAACUUGUCUAUGAAAACACUUGUAUUUGAAUGUAUAACCUUAAAUAUUAUUGUAAAAAAUAAACGUGCCAACUGGAAAUAAAACACAAAUAAAAGCACUGAGAUUGCAA